CGACAGAUUCAGUGAGGACGUACAUCCUUCCCUUUCAGAAGAGUUACGAGGUAUAAAUCAGCACAAUCAUCAUCCACACAAGGAAAUAGGAAAAUCAACAAGUGUCAUCAUGAUGCUUUCACAAGGUUUGUGCUCUGUCAUUCUGAUAUCAACCUUGAAAGCAGUGUAUGGGAAUUUUUACCCGACCUUUUCCGUGCCAUUGUCGUUUGCUCCACUCCGACGUGUUACAAUGAAACCAGAAUCUGAAAAUAUUUACGUGGGUGGUAAAAAUAUACUUUUGCAUCUGGAUGGAAAUCUCACUGUAAUAGGAAACAAAACAAUCGGUCCGGUAAAGGACAGCAAGCUGUGCUCUCCAGACCAGAAAAUGUGCGUCUCAUUAGAGUGGAGGGAUAAUUAUGUGGAAGUUUUGAAGUUUCUCUCCAAGCACAAGAUGGUACUUAUGUGUGGAUCUGUCAGGCAAGGUCUCUGCAGAUUGUUGAACAGCUACUCCAUAUCACUGGAGGAACAGUUUUUAAACAAACACACGCAAAAUUUUGUUGGAAGUAGCAGGGGAACGAUUAUAGUGCCAUACGGCACACCCGGUCAGCAAUAUGACCACUACUUCAUCGGUCGAAGUUGGGAUGGACGCAAAAUGGAGUAUACAUUUCCGGAAUUUUCGUUCAUGGAAAUCCGUAAUAGGUCUGCAGACCCUGACUUUCGAUGGGAAUUUCAAAAUACUACAAAAUAUACUUCUGUCGGAAUUUGUCAUUCGAAACGAGAGUCUGUCUCAACCCAGUUCAUCUACGGUUUUAAGAAAGAGGGAUUCGUUUUUAGCAUUUAUACCCAGGCUCGAAACUUCUCUAAUGGCAUGGUAUACGAAACUAAAUUGUCAAGAAUAUGCACGAACGAUAAGUACAUGUCGUCUUUUAAUGAAGUAAUUUUGGAAUGUCGAAUCCAUAACAUCGCAACGGCUGCUUUUUACAAAGAGGACGAGGCGACAUCGACUUUGUACGUCGCGUUUGGCGUUAGCACGGAUUCCCUGCAACCUUCCCAUAAUGCUACAGCAGCCGUCUGCCAAUUUACACAAGUUGAAAUAGACCAAAUGUUUAAAAAUUUGAUCAUACAUUGUUUUAAUAAUGCAGACGCCAACUCACCUCCUGAUUGGUCAACGUGCGGAGAGGCGGGGCGUUGUCUUCGCGGCAAGAUGAAACCUGAGAAGUAUUGUAGCGCGGAGGCAAAAAGCGUACGUUUUACGAACCACGGAGUCCAGAGGUUGAAGAAACCCUAUUUCUUGCCGACAGCGAUGAUAUACAAAGGAUAUAAGACGGUGUUCACGUCAGUGUUUUCUCACCGAAUUCAUCCACAGACCAACAUAUUGUGGAUAGGAACCUUCGACGGUUAUAUUCUAAAAAUAAACUUACAGCGGCCUUACUCAGAUAGGAAACCGUAUGUCUGGUUCGAUCUCAGCCAGAACAGAUCUCAGAGAGUGGAGCCAGAUCACGUGACAGACAACAGUAGUCAUAUCUUCCUACUGCAUGGAAACAAGGUUUCAAAAUUCCCACUGUAUUCAUGUCAAGUUCACACAACCUGUGGCGCAUGCGUGACAAGUGAAGACCCAUUGGAAUGCGGUUGGUGUCGAGACUCUUGCUUGAUGCAGGGGGAGUGCAGCACUACGUGGUAUAACAAUAGUUGUCCUCCAUUCCUUCACAAAGUGUAUCCUCUAAGCGGCCCUCCUGAAGGUGGGACGGUUGUGACCAUCGAGGGCGAGAACUUCGGUGAAGACCAAAACACAGCGGCGAACGUGACCAUUGGACAAGCCGCAUGCCACAUACUAAACAGGACAAACUCAAAAAUUGUGUGUAACACGAGCUCGGUGACAGACGAUAGUGAGUACGUAGUAACCGUGACGACAAACAGACUGGAGGUCGUCCGGCCAUCAGAAAUUGCCGUCUUUGCAUUCUCUUACAAGGCAUCAUAGGAUAGGGACUUCCCGCGAACUACUUCUCAUAAAGAUGGCAAUGGGGUCAUCAGGAAAAAAAUGGCAUCAGCUGAAAAAUGAUACGUUUUUGGUAAUAGGCUCACAGCGUUUCUUGCCUCUACGAAGGUAUGAAAGACAGUGACUUAUUCCGACUUUAAUUCAUUAUUGAUUCUCAAUCUCUGUUUCGCAUGUGUUUUGUCUGAAUGCAUGUUUUUUCAUGGAAGUGAAAAUAAAAAGUUAAAUAUCUAUAAUUUUUGCUUCAAUGUUUUAUUGAACUUUUUUUUCUUUUUUUUUUCAGUGUUCUCCAAUUUCGCAUCUUGCUUAUAUAACUUAUUUAUGAAACUCGAUGCUUUUCAUUAAAUGAAACCUCUGGUGAUGCGAUCGCAUUUAUUGCGCUAUAUAAUUAGGCCACGUUGUAAUCGCGGACGUACAUUAUCCCAAAUUGGUAUGUGCUAUGCGAUAUCUGGCAGUGUUUCUGUGUGCGGAGAUUCAUUGAUUGUAUAUUGUUUAACGUUCCGCUCGAGAAUUGUUUACUCAUAUGGAGACGUCACUACUGCCGGUGAAGGGCUGCAAAAUUUAGGCCUAUGCUUGGCGCUUAUGGUCAUUGAGCAGGGAGGGAUCUUUAUCGUGCCACACCUACUGUGACACGAGACCUCAGUUUUGACGGUCUCAUCCAAAGGAUCGCCCCAUUUAGUCGACUCUUACGACAAGGUAGGUGUGCUGAGGAUCUAUUCUAUUCCGGAUCCCCACGGGAUUUGGGUGCGGAGACACAGCGGGCUAUGGUAACGCAGAGGACUAUGGAUAGUGUGACCUAUCUGAAUGAAAGAGAUAUCGGGGGCGGUUCAAGCCCAGUAUUCCGACGGUCCGAUAGUCCGACGGGCCGGUAGUCCGACGGUCCGAUAGUCCGACGGUUCAAUAUUCCGACGGUCCGAUAGUCCGACAUGUUGAUCAUCACCAAAAAUGUUAAUUAAUAGAGUUAAAAUGUAUUCAUGUCAGGCAUGGAAAUUACCAGAAACCGCCAAAAUCGACACGGCCUGAUUAUAAAUCAGACAAUCAAUUUCUGACCAAAAUCAUUCAAGUGUGAACUUACGGCGGCGUAGAAAGGCCACAUAUAAAUAUAUUAUUCGUUCGGACAAAUUAGCAAUUUGUUCGGACGAAUUAGCUAUUUGUUCGGACAAAUUAGCAAUUUGUUCCGACGAAUUAGCUAUUUGUUCGGACAUAUUAGUAAUUAGUUCGGACAAAUUAGUAAUUCGUUCGGACGAAUUACCGAUUUGUUCGGACGAAAUAGAAAAUCGUUCGGACAAAUUAGCCAUUGUUCGGACGAAUUAGCUAUUUGAUCGGACAUAUUAGUAAUUCGUUCGGACAAAUUAGUAAUUCGUUCGGACGAUUUAUGGAUUUGUUCGGACGAAAUAGACAUUCGUUCGGACAAAUUAGCCAUUUGUUCGGACGAAUUAGCUAUUUGUUCGGACAAAUUAGUAAUUCGUUCGGACGAAUUAGCUAUUUGUUCGGACGAAUUAGCAAUUUGUUCGGACGAAUUUGUUAUUAGCUAUAAGGCAACACCAAUGCCGUAGUCAAAUACCGUAAAGUGUUGGUAGGAGAGCACAAAACUUAGAUUGGGACACAUGCUAAAAUGGGAUUCAAUUCCAAAAUUUUCCACAUAAACAUCAUGAAGAUGGCGACGGUAACCUACAUAAUCACCCCCAACCCCUGAAAUAACAAGCUAAAAAUGGUAGGAAUCCCUACACCCUGCUCAGUCGUAAAAGUUUGAAGUAGGCCUCAAGUCCCCCCCCCCCCCUCCCCCCCCCCCCCAUCCACGGGCAAAAGUUUAUUAAAUGAAAAUUUUCUGUAUAACAGGGCAUAACACAAUCAAUAAGGAAAUCAAUUUUUGUAUGGAACGACAAUAAUGCAAUUAUGCGCCAAUCAGAGCCUAUCUAAGUUUUUCAACGGAAAUCUGUAUAUCCGAAUUUUAUACCAAUUUUAUGGUAUACCUUUCUUUAUAGCAAAUAACAAUUUUUGAACAGAAAUUUCUUGCACUAGAAUUAAGGGGAGGAUGUUAUCAAACAACAUUUGAUAUAAAGAUGAGGAUCUCGUUUGGGGUCCCAGAAGUGUAAGGAGGGGGCACAUACAUACUCUUGUCCCCACUCCCUACUUUUGAAAGUGUUAAGGGGACACGAGCAGGCGCGUGGCAUCGUUUUUGAAAGGAGGAAGCUUGGGGCCAGCCAGAAAGGAUUAGUGGGAGGGGGGGGGGGGGCAGCCGAACCAAAAAGAGUUUUAACAUGUAAAAAAGAAGAAAGGAAUUUUUUUUAAAAAGUGGGGAAGGGAUCAGCCCCCCCCCCUCUGUUGCUACGUCCCUGACGAGUAUCCGUUGUCAGUCCUCCCUACAAGCCUAUAGGUAUCUGUAUAUAUGUAUACCUACAUGUAUCUACAUAGCUCUCUAUAAAGACACGAUGAAAAUGUUCCUUAAAUUCAGCAUGCAUACAUACAGACAGACAUACAUACAGACACAGACACACAGCGAGUAGGAAUGAAUGAACCCACGGGUGAUGGAGAAAGGAACGAAGCGUAAUCAACCGUGGGCUUCAGACGAUGCCGAAAUAUAUACAUGUAGAUGUAGGUGGGUACCUGUAAAGUGCGAAACGAAACGAAAUCUACCGAAACGAAAACCCACCGAAAUGAAAUGAAACAGAUUGUAUAACCGAACUCUUUUAUUAGAAAUGGUAUCUUAAGCCCCUGUGAAAAUUACCACAUAUAAAUAAAAUUCGCUUCCCCUUUGAUAUAGGCUUUCAGCUUGACUGAUACACAGUUUUAAAAGCUGGAAAGGUGGUGGGGGGGGUGAGUAAGCAAAAUGUACAUAUCCGAAGUUGAUUAAAUAACAUGUGCAAUUAGUUUCAGAUCAAUAAAUUUCAGAACGGAGAGUUACAGUCUCAGAGGUCUGGCGAAACACACUAAACAAGGGGUGGGGUCGCUGGCGUUGGAUCCGCUUUUGGGUAUAGAUACAUUGUUUUAAGAAACUGGUGUCUGAGAAAUUUGAAAGCAGGAAGAGCUCUUAACCUUUUAUUUUAUCUCUAACUACUGAGGUGCGAGUACUUUCAAUAAUGGAAAAAGUUAGAUAGCAUACCAUAUCAUAUGAAUGCAAUUCGGUAAAAUAUAUAUGUGUGUUUUAUUAAAAAUUAUUAUUGAUAUGUAGUGAGUCUAAAUAUAACUCUAUACAUUUGUUUUGUUGCUAGAACGGGGAAUUGAAAACGGGACGGAAAUCAGAUUUUUUUAUGCAAUAAUAUCAGGAGGAGGUCAACAGUUUGUAAACUCAAAAGGCUUAUGAACAAGGGAAGCAGAAAUUGCAAAGAGAACGGGAAGACACACUCAGAAUCCACCGUUUGAUAUACUACAUACAAAUACACAAUAUCCACAUGUAUACAUAGAUUUGACUUUAGAGCAAAAUAUACUGAAACGUGUAUUUAUGCCCGAGAUUGAAAAAUGACUAAUACUAGGCUGUAUUGAUGAAGUUUAUAAGUCUGUAUUACAUGUAAUCAAUCCUCUUACCGUUGCAGAAAACAGAUCAGGUAAGAAACGUCUAGUGCUUGAUUGCCGUUACGUCAAUCCUUAUCUCCAUAGUUACAAAUGUAAGUUUGAGGACGUUUCCGUUGCAAGAGAUCUGCUUUGUGCAGGUAAUUCUCUAUUCAAAUUCUAUCUGAAGAGUGCCUAUCAUCAUAUCAUGAUAUUAGAUUCGCACAGAAAAUAUCUAGGUUUUAAAUGGGAGAGUAAAGGAAACGUUAGAUAUUUCUUUUUCAAUGUUCUACCUUUUGACCUAGCCACUGCAGGUUAUAUUUUCACCAAGGUGACGAGAGAAAUCAUCAAAUUUUGGAGAUCGGAAGGUUAUAAGAUCGUUAUGUAUCUUUGACGACGGCCUUCGGGGUCAUAGUUCAUAUGACUUCGCAUUACAGGUCAGCGAUUACAUUCACGGGAGUUUAAAUGAAUUCGGGUUUUUGAUAGCAGAGGAUAAGUGCGAGUGGCUCCCAAAGCAAAUUUUGAUUUGGCUGGGGAUCGAAUGGGACUUGAUUUCUGGUAUGAUUUUCAUAACAGAAGAAAGGCUCACUCACUUGUUAGAUUCCCUUAGCAAGAUUUUAGCAGAAGUUGCUUUUCAAAAAGAACUUUUUAAAGUCAGGUUUGUAGCAGGUAUUGCAGGUCAAAUACUCUCCUUGCAGGUCGUAUUAGGUUCCGUUUGUCGAGUAAAAACACCUGAAUUGUACAAAUGUAUUGACAAGAGAUCAAACUGGGAUUCAUUCGUUCUUCUGUCUAAUAGCGCUGUUACAGAAUUAGAUUAUUGGAGACUUAAUGUGAAGACAUUGAACAAAGAGGGAAGAGCAAUUCGCUCGAAUCAGGUUUGUACGUUGACGGCGUUUUGUGACGCAUCAGCCACCGGUUACGGAGGAUACAUUGAAUCUUGUAAUUUAAACUCCAGUAACGCAGAUUGUUUCGGAUUACCGGGUGUGGUUACGCUCGACUGUGAGCCUAGAGACUCUAGACUGUUUCGCUCGACUGUGAGCUUAAAGAGACUGUUUUGCUCGACUUUGAGCAAAAACUUUGCACAACAGGUGAAGUAUUAAAAACCAUAACAGGCAAAUGGUCUCGUUAUGAAGCCAUGAAAAGCUCAACAUGGAGAGAGCUCAAGUCUGUCUCGAAUCUCCUUAUUGAAACGGAAUCUUUGCUUUCAAAUCAGACAAUUGAAUUGCACACUGAUAACAAAAAUGUUGGAAGUAUCUUGAAAAAUGGUAGUCGCAUUGAUGAAUUGCAAAUUUUGUCAACUCAAGUGUUUAAUUUGUGUUGUAUGCAUAAUGUAACUUUAGUUCCUGUCUGGAUUCCCAAAGAUGAAAAUCAAAUUGCAGAUUUUUUGAGUCGAUGCGCAGACUGCGACGAUUGGUCGCUUAACAAAGAUUUAUUUCAUGUAUUAGAUAGCCUAUGGGGUCCACACACUGUUGAUAGGUUAAGCUCUGAUGGCAAUGCUAAAUGUACCAGAUUUAAUUCUAGGUAUUGGUGCCGUGGAUCUGAAGCGGUCAACUGUUUUACACAGCUAUGGUCGGGGGAGACUAACUGGUGGGUACCGCCACCGUAACUUGUUUGUAAGACAAUUAACGAAUUCAUUUCAGAGAAAGCAAACGGUACUCUUGUUGUUCCAGAAUGGAAGUCGGCACCAUUUUGAACUUUGUUGCAUAAAGAUGGUUGUUUUGCAUCUUUUUUGCAGGAUCACAUAACUUUUUAGGGGGGAAAUGUAAUGUAACAUUUGCCGGAAGAGCGAGUAUCGGAUUAUUUAAUGCUAGCAAUCAGAAACUCAGGUUAAUUGCAUUUAAGGUCAGGUUUUGAUUAUUUUUUAUCACUUUGUAGGAAUAAAUCUUAAGCAACGCAUUCAGGAAGAGGUCGCUCUUUAUUAUCACAGCUAAAGACGAUGCUUCGAAAGAAUAUUUGCAAACGUUAUCUGACAGUCUUGCCGUACGUCUUUUAGGAUCAAAAAGUUAAUCAACUGCUCAGAAGUAUUGGUAUAGUUUUCGUAAGUUCGAGCAGUUCCUUACAUCUAUCAGUGUAUCUGUGUCGUGUGUUUUGCCAAUUCAUGUCGCAUUAUACGUUACGUCCCUUUUCGAUAAGGGAUCUUCAUUUAGUGUCGCAUCCAGUGCUGUGUAUGCGAUCAAUUGGGUAUCCGAUUUAACAAGUCUUCCAGAUCCAACAGACAGCUCAGUUGUGAAGAAUAUUCUCGAGUCGGCGAAAAGAAACGCGACCAAACCAGUUAACAAAAAAGAUCCAGUGUCUACUGACAUGUUGGUUAGCUUAUGCCAAAUGUAUCAUGAUUCUCAUGACUUGCUGACUGUAAGAAAUCUAUGCAUGAUUUUACUAGGUUAUUCUGUUUUUUUUACGUGUCAAUGAAAUUAAUUCUUUAAAAUGUAAUGGUGUUUCUGUCAAAGAUGAUUACUUUAUUUUAAAUAUAAGUCGCAGCAAGACUGACCAAUAUAGAGAUGGAAAUACUGUUUUAAUUUGCAAAGGUCAAACAGUAGCUUGUCCAUUCAAUAUGUUACAACGAUACAUCUCAUUAGCUAACAUUGACCUCUCUUCCGAUCAUUUUUUGUUCAAACCUAUCUGCAGGUCCAGGUCUGUGUGCAAGUUGAUUUUUAAAAACAAACCUCUUAGCUACACUUCCACAAGGGAAAAUAUUUUGAAGCUUUUUGGCAUUAGUAGGCGGUCAUUUAAAUUUAGGUCUACACUCCCUAAGGUCAGGGGGUGCUACCACAGUAGCCAAUACAAAAGUAAAGGAUAGAAAUUGGAAGCGCCAUGGACACUGGAAGUCUGAUAGCAGCAAAGAUGGCUAUGUUGUGGAUUCUGUUCAAAGUCGUUUGGAAGUAUCAAAUAAUCUAGGUUUAUAAAUACAUUGUAGUUUAACUGCAUUGUUCGUUAUCUUCACCAUGCAUUAACUUAAAGCAUAUGUUUUUUUUUUUUUAUGUAUAAUGUUUUAUUUUUGCUUUAUCACUUUAUCAUAGCUAAAAUUUACUAGCAUUUUAUAUCACUUUCCUUUCUUUGUUAGUUCUAAUAUCUACGACAGGCUGUCGGCAAAACAAGAUAUGUGUUUUGUUUAUUGUAAGAAAUGUAGACCAGACUAGAAAAUUUCUACGGUUCGAAGUAAAGUAGAAAUUUGUUGUCUUGGCGGAAUGAUACAGCAAUAUGAUUGGUCAAAGGGAGUGACAGAGUUUUCACGUUCGCUAUUCGCGCUUCUAGUUGAUAGAGUGGUCACUUCUAGCCUAGCACCCAAGCAGUGCGCAUUAAAUUUUUCUUUUAACAUUUAAGGAAAUGUUGCAUACUUGGUUUUUCUUUUAAAUUUUGAUGAUUGAUUUUCAUUAUGUAUCUGAAUUUUGAGGAAAUGGAAUAUGUAUUAUCGAGUACACAGUGCAGCCUUUAGCGUUGUAUAUUUUCUCAUAUUAGCUUGCUUAGCAUCUGGUAUGAAACAUUUUGCAGAAGUUCUCCAAAUUUUCAAUUUGUUUAUUGGUUUUAACAAUUUGAUUUCUAAUACAGUCUAGUGCAGAAUGAGUCGCCUAUGUCUAGAGGGCACGUUUUUUCCCGGUUUGCCGGUUUUUUCGUGAACGGCUUUGGAGGCUCGAGAAAGAAUUAUUUCUCCCAUGUCGUAGGGGGAGUGUUUGCAUUGUACUCAAUUUUCGUCAUAUAUACGUGUAUGCAUAGUUAUAGUAUUUGUUGAAACAUUGAUUUAUGUAUUUUUUGUAAAUUAAUAAAUCCCGACGAAUUCAAUAUCUACGGCAGGCUGUCGGCA